GGGCGGUGCGGGAGCCAGCGGCCUCUUAGCCUGCGAAGUGGAGGAUCUCACUCCACUCCGUGACAGGACUGCGUGGACUGUCACGCUUCACGGCCUUAUCAUGUUCUCUCGGAAAGGUUUUAUUUGCUUGUCAGUGGUGCUUAUGGGAGUGCUCCUCUUUGGCCGGGAGGGGAGAGGAAGCGGAAGCUUUUUUCCCCUUAUCAAUUUUAACCCACGGAGGGCAAUUCUUGUUCUUAAUGAUUGGAUUUUUGCCAUUAGAUGUUAGCCGAGAAUAUUCCUUCGCCAAAAUUUUCAGGUUGGGGCGGGAGUGAUAGUAAAGUGAAAAGUUUUGUUUCAUCUUAGUUGGUUCCUAUAGACCAAGGGUUCCAUCUCUUGGCCGCGCCCCCAGCAUGUCAGUUUAGGGAAAACCGACGUCUUUAUGAUAGUCAAUCUUCUGACCUUCGUAUGUCUUUAUUUAAGGUUUUUAAAAUGCCUGCCAGUGGGUCUACUCCCUAUGAAAAGUCAGGUGUUCUUGCAGAUCAGUUUUGUAAUGCCAUUGGAGUGUUGCAGCAGUGUGGUCCUCCUGCCUCUUUUAGUAAUAUUCAGACAGCCAUUAACAAAGAUCAGCCAGCUAAUCCUACAGAAGAAUAUGCCCAGCUUUUUGCAGCGUUGAUUGCACGAACAGCAAAAGACAUUGAUGUUUUGAUAGAUUCCUUACCCAGUGAAGAAUCUACAGCUGCUUUACAGGCUGCAAGCUUGUAUAAGCUGGAAGAAGAAAAUCACGAAGCUGCUACGUGUCUGGAGGAUGUUGUUUAUCGAGGGGACAUGCUUCUGGAAAAGAUACAGAGCGCACUUGCUGAUAUUGCACAGUCCCAGCUGAAGACAAGAAGCGGCACCCAUAGCCAGUGUCUUCCAGACUCAUAGCACAGUGUAUAUAUACCAUGCGUGUGGCUGAGAAAAGAACUGUUUCAAUGCCAUUGAGAAUUCUGCAUCAGAUUUAGAUGGAAGCCUUACCAACAGUUACAGAAACAUUAAGCACUAUGACACAUGUUAUCUUCUUAGCUAUUUUAAAUAGUCUUCUGUUUUCACUCUUAAUAAUAAGCUUGUAAAAUCGUGAUUGAACCAGCUUUAAACUGUCAUUAUGCCAUUUUUUUUAUUGUUAUCUCGGUUAAAUUAUUGCAGAUAUUGCAUUAAUGGUCAUAAUAUAAUUAAACAGAUGUACUGUAAAAUUC